AGCUGUUGGCUGCUAGCGGGGAGGAAGUGAUGCAGGAACAUGUCCAGAAUGUAGCUGCGCUCAAUGACUAAAUGGGGGAAGCACAAAGAAAUAGGCUGAUUUACUCCCAAAUCAUCUCCACUCGUUUCUCAGACGGAACGCAACUCUAGAUGGACUCGAAGACAAACUCCGUUUUUCCCCGUAUUCGUCGUCUAAAAGUGAAACAGAACCAAACUUUUGUGCUAGAAGUUUUCUUUAGCCUGCUGCCCCCCGCUAGUUAGCUAGCUCUCUGACUUAACGCUUCGAGUUUGCUUCAGUUUGUUUUCUUUUUUUUGGCCAACUUAAUUUUACUUCUUCCUGUUUUUAAACUCUUAAUUUCUGACGCGAUGAACAUUCGCAUCGCCCGGCAUGUGAUCUGCCGCACAGCGCUGCUGAUGUCAAGGGCACAAUGAUGGAGCAGAUUUGAAAGACGAUGCCUUCUGAAAGAGUUUAUGGUUUUUAGGUUUGAAAGUUGAAGCUUUGGUUUGUGGCAGAUCUGUAAAGGCCUGAGGGUAUGUUGAGACAUCUGGGCCGGCCAGAGAAGAGGUGUCUAGGCGGUUCUGACGGGGCCUGAAGGCGGCGAGGAGGACAGAGCGACCAGGGAGGAAGACAUGGGCCAGUGCGUCACCAAGUGCAAGAAUCCGACGUCCUCCCUCGGCAGCAAGAGCGGAGACAAAGAGAGCGCCUCCAAGUCUCACAAGAGAGUGGAAAGCGCCGGCGGUGUGGUCCACAGAGAGGAUUCCAGCGCCCCGUCCAGCAAAUCCACCAGCGAGCUGCUGAAUGGCACCAAGGCCUUAGAGGCCGCCGCCGCCGAGACGCCCGUCAUCUCCGCGGCCAUGAGGGAGCCGUGCAGAGACGAGCGGCUGGACGGCGACGGGCUGUCGAUGGCGCGCAUCGAGGAGCUCUUCAGCCUCUACAAGGACGAACUGGAGGACGCCAUCUUGGAGGAGGGCAUGGAGAAGUUCUGCGACGACCUCUGCGUGGACCCGGCCGAGUUUCGCGUCCUCGUUCUCGCCUGGAAGUUUCAGGCGGCCACCAUGUGCAAGUUUACAAGGAAGGAGUUUGUCGACGGCUGCAAGGCCAUCAGAGCGGACAGCAUCAAGGGCAUCUGCUCCCGCUUCCCCUGCCUGCUGCUGGAGGCCCGGGGCGAGGAGAACUUCAAGGACCUGUACCGCUUCACCUUCCAGUUCGGCCUGGACGCCGACGAGGGCCAGCGCUCGCUGCAGCGCGACAUCGCCAUCGCCCUGUGGCGGCUCGUCUUCACGCAGGACACGCCCGCCAUCCUGGAGCACUGGCUCGACUUCCUGGCGGAGAACCCCUCGGGGGUCCGGGGCAUCUCCAGAGACACGUGGAACAUGUUCCUCAACUUCACCCAGGCCAUCGGGCCGGACCUGAGCAACUACAGCGAGGACGAGGCCUGGCCCAGCCUCUUCGACACCUUCGUGGAAUGGGAGCUGGAGCGCAGGAAACGGGAGGAGGAGCGGGGGCCGGUGACGCAGGAGGGAGGAGGGGGGGGCACGGGGGGGGACUGUCCCACCACGGACAGGCUGGACACGGAGGGGAGCCGUGGCUCACAGACGUGGGGGGGCCACUGACCAGAAACCAGAAUGUGUGGAGCGAGUAUUACCAUUUCAGCUUUUCCUCCAGCUCCUGGUUAACGUUGGCCGGGAUUCCUGCUCUGCCUUUCUUUCUGUCGAUGAAAGGGCUCUGAGAACUUUUAAGCACUUCUCUUUAACUUAUUGCUUCUUUACCUUCUGCCAUACGUGUUUUUAGUAAUUAAACAUGUGCUCCAUUUUAUCGCUAAUCGUUCCCCCACCACCACACAGGUUCUACCGGGUCACGCCAGCAGAGUCGGGCCGAUCCGCUUUUUUAAGUUCUGUCACUGGGGCAUUUCAGUUUAAAGGCGACACAUCAGUUGUUAUUUGCACAUUUUCACCAGUUUUUUAUCAUGCUUUCAAAGCCGGCCCUCUCUAAGUCCAGUGUUUUUUUUUUUGGGAGUGCCGUCUCGCAGUGAGCAGCUCGCGUUUUUUCCGACGUCCGGACCGAGAGAUGUCGGCCUUCUGCCGCCGCGCCGCUCGCCUCACCUAAACCGCCUGCGCAUCACAGCGAGGGAAAGCUACGUUUCUGGGUCGUUUGCACCUCCACAAGCUCACGUUGUAUUGCAGGAGUUUCACUCUUAGCUCUGGGAAUGCAGUUCAGAAACAAAAGAGGAGCGCACACAUCAUGAAUAAUGCAAAUAAUAAUAAUGCUGCUGGCAGUGGGUGCAACGACGACCGCAUGGGAAAAACGAUGGCCUGCUAACGCGCUGUACUUGAAAUGCUUUGCAGAGAGAUCGAACUUAACCACAUGAUUACUGUUUGAAAGCUUCUCCAAACUGUAAAGUGAUGUUUGGGAUAGAAAAAGGUGUUAAACCUGCUGGUUAAUCAAGAGACUGUGAUUUAAAGAAAAAAAAAAAAAGGUUUAUUAUAAAGAGGGUGGCCAUUUCCUGAUUUGUUUGGUUUACAUCUAAUAUGAUUUAAUUUCAAGCCCACUUUUUUUAUAAGAAGUGUACUGAUUUAUAAUAAAUAAAAACAGUGUUGAAUUUUUGACCUUA